UGUCAGUCUUCCACGCAAGAUAGACAACCAAUUACUCCAUCGCUUGACUCAAGCAUACCUCUCGAACCCGGUUCUUCAGAUUCCAGCUUAUCAGGCUCUGGUUCAGGUGCUGGUCUGGUGCCCGGCAAGUGGGUUCACAUUAAGAAACCGCUGAAUGCCUUCAUGCUGUUCAUGAAAGAGAUGCGUGCACGAGUAGUUGCCGAGUGUACACUCAAGGAAUCUGCUGCGAUCAAUCAAAUUCUCGGUCGACGUUGGCACGCCUUAUCUCGAGAUGAGCAGACACGUUUCUAUGACAUGGCACGUCUCGAGAAAGAGGCCCAUCAACGCCUCUACCCCAACUGGUCGGCUCGCGACAACUAUGCCUCUCAUUCGAAGAAGAAAAAGCGACAACAACAACAACAACAUCAGCAACGACAUCACCACCAGCAUAUCAGCAUGUUGUUACACUCGCCUGCAGAGUGUAGUUCCUCGGAGGCCUACAGACUCGGUUCGAAUAAACAAUCUAUCAGGGAAUGCCUAGAAGCCGGGGAUUCCAUGUGUCCUGGCGAAGAAAAGGUAAUCGCGAAGGCAGACAUAGAAAAGGCUACAGGAUCGACUUGGGAGUAUGUGGAGGCGAGGGGAUCUCUAAGGCCAGCCAAGAUAGGAGGAAAAGACCAUGAAUUUGGUUGUCUGCCCGGCGAGCCUCCUGGCAACGGGGGUGGAAACAGAGAAGGCAGAAAUUGCCGUGCCGGUCAGCCAACGGGAGGAUCAGAUCUGUCGACUUCGCGUCCCUUCAGAGGGCAUAAAACACUGAGAAUGGCAGAUACCAGCUUCUCGAGGCGACCACAGGCCUUCCCAUCCGGCCCGACUGCCAGACAUCCAGACAGCCUGGCCCUCCUUGUCAAUUCCGCCCUGUCCCCGACUAUGAAUACUGAGAGACUGGCAUGUUCUUCUCCAUCACGUCGAGGGGCAGAUGUAUCUGACUAUGGCUUUGUAGGACGACGCUCGCCACUGGGAGGUGAGACGGCAGGUCAGCAAGGUUGUUGUAAUCAUGUGGGGUGCUCCAGAAAUGUGUGUGGCGAAUAUCCGCCUCUGGCCACGUCUACACCCUUUUUGGAGGGUUCUGCAACUUCGUCUGCAUUUUCCGCCUUCUCUUCCUGCUCAUGUUCAUUUAAGGCGCCGGAUGCUGGUCCUACGAACGGUUUCACAAGCCUUGAUAGCGAGGCAGGAGUUGAUUUUGCAUGCGUUAAAAGAGGGGGAGAUGAAGACGCUUUAUGUGAUGGAGAGGGUGACUUUCACAUUUCUACAGACCAGACCGCUGAUGGCUGCAGAACGUCAUCGGACAAAAAAAUGCGGUUCCACUCAGCCCUAAACGAAUUGGCUGCAGCUGCAGCUGCAGCGUCCAGUCAUGCCAUGCUGUCCGCAGCGGCGGCUGCGGCAGUCGGAAGUGGAUAUGUGAGAGAACGUGAAAGAGGGACCAACUAUCAGGAGCACAACUGUCCAGGUAGGCAUUUCCACGUUUGUAUGAAAGGAGUAGACUCGUCAGAAGUCUGUUCAUCCGAGUUUUUUGUUUAUAAGUAG